ACAGAACACUUUGGGUGUCGAAAUAAAAGAGCUUAUUUAAGGAUACUCUUCCAACAGCGUGAACUAGGAUACCGGUCAAGGAUACACUCAUUAUCUUUAACUGCAGAUAAUAUGAAGAUCGGGUGUUCAGUGUUUUUCGGAGGCUUAGUAAUUUUAUUGGCACAUGGCCAAUAUGCCCAGACAACGAAUGAAAAAGUGGAAAAAAUGAUACAGGUAAUCCAGAAAUUUUCCCUCAAUUUCCUGCAGAAGGUGAUCUUGUAUAGAGAAGAGAAAAUGCAACACGUGAACGAAAUGAUAUCGCCCUUUUCCGUGUGGACCAUGUUGAUAAUGUUAUACCAUGGAGCGAAAGGAAAAACCUUGGAGCAGCUGCGUGAUGUAUUGGGGAUCACGGUCGAUGACGAUGAACUGAAAGAGUUCUAUGACGACACGCGCGAAUUCCGAGACGCCGAUUCUUCCGAGAUGGAGAUUCGCUCCUGGCAAAAGCUGUACCACAGCAAGAAUUAUCUCAUUGAGUAUGAAUACAAAAAUGUUACGUAUUAUUACGAUAUGGGACCCGAACGAAAAGAUUUCGAGCAUCAAGUGGGAUAUAUCAACGAUGAUAUUCGGGCGGCCACAAACGAUUACAUUCACGCCACUAUUCAGAGAAAUCAAAUAGCUGGGGCCAAGAUUUUGUUGCUCUCUGCCAUAUACUUCAUGGGCAAGUGGAAGCAUCCCUUCAACGAGAAGUUGACAAAAGUAGAACCAUUUUAUAACGAGACUUCUCCAUACAAGCUAAUCGCUAAGGUGCCCAUGAUGGUGCAGAUAGCCAAGUUCGCCUACGUUGAUGAGAUUAAGGGUCUGGAUGCCCGUGUCCUGGAACUGCCCUACGGUACAGAGGACACACUAGCGAUGCUGGUAAUGCUGCCCAAUCGCGGUUCUACAGUCAAGGAUGUGGUAAACAAUCUAAAGAAACUGGGCUUGCUUCCCAUCCUGGAUGCUUUGAAGAAUAGAACCUCCGCCAAAGACGAUGUGGAGGUCAAGAUUCCCAAGCUCAAUACAUACUCCGCAUAUAUACUUCCGAAGUUUCUAUACCAGAUAGGUCUCAAGGAUGUGGUAAACUCCGAUAAGGCCAAUCUAAAGGGCAUGUCCGUAGGGCCAAGUUCUUAUAGGAUGUCCCUCUCGCACAGCCUCCAUUUCAGCCGGAUAAUCAUGGACGAAAUGGGUACGCCUGGAGCAACUCCGAAGCCUGAGCGGUCCAACAAGACAGGAGUGGUUGAGUUCCACAUGAACAAGCCGUUCGUUUACCUGGUCGUGCAGAAGGAAAUGAAGCUCAUACUCUUCGCCGGAGCUGUGCGGAAUAAGGACAAGAAAUGAUUCAAUGUGUCAAAGUACGAAAAAAAUAAACGUAUAACCUGCAUGGACCUAGUGUCCCUCAUUUGUCUAGUCUUUA